UUGAUCUCUAAAAAAGUUUGGGCAAUUAUUACUCGUAGUAAAAAAUGAACGUUUCGCAUUUCGAUUUUUUUCGUUAUUUUUUUAAAAGUGAUUAUGAAGAUUUUCCUUUGAAAAAUAAAAUUAUAUUCGAAUCCGUCGAUCGUCUAUGGGAAAAUUCGUAAAUUUUGUGCAAAUAUUUUCAGUGUUUGCUGAUUUGAUGCGGUCAAACAAAUGUUAGUUGUGUUAGAAAAAUAAGAUCGUUGAGGUUAUGUUCUCAUGAAGUUUUCGUGUUAUCUAAUGAGAAUGAAUGGAAUAGAUAUCGAUUUAUUAUCAUUACUGAGUGAAUUGGUGGAUAAGACUUUGUAUUCGACCGAAGAAGUCAAACAAAUUUUGGAAAUCGAAUGCAACAACGCUAGAAGCGUGUUGCGGACUUGUCCAAUUGAUAUCGUAAUUACGAGGGAAAUUGAUGAACACGACACGCGCGACGUCAAAUCGAGCUUGACAGAUCAUGCACAAGAAAUCGUGGACGGUAUUGGCAAGGCCUUGGCCCAAGCUCAGGAACUGCGGGAGAAAACGGCCAACAAUAUCUCAAAACAGAGGCGGAAGGCGAGAGAGCCCGAUGUCAAAACUAUUUAUACUGCAUACAAAAACAAUGUACAAAAGAAGUCGAAACCCAUCGGACACGAAAAGAUAUCACCAAAACCUAUGAAUUCAAGAAUAAAUAAAACUUUCGCGCCGAGAGAACAAUUAGAUGUCAAAAAAAAUGAGGUUAUGGGAAAAAGGAGCUCGGAACUCGGACCAAAAACAGCUGCAGAAAAAACACCUGUUCGUAUUUCCAACAGCACCCGCUCGUCAAGUAACACUGAAAAAGCCAAAACAAAGAAUUUUUUGGCUGCCAAUAAGGCUAACCUUAAAAAUAUAAAACGUCAUGAAAAAUCUACGAGCGAUCCGAAAUUAGCUACAAAUUGUCCGCAGCGAGCAGAAAAUUUAUCGCCUCUUAGCGGAACUUCCGAAAUCCUGAGUAGCUGUACAACGUCGAUUGCUCAACUGAAUGAUUUGAUGAGGAAAGUUUCGACCGAGGCUACCGAAGUAUCGUCGGCACUGCGCCUCGACACUGCAAGUGCGUCAAGAAUCGUCACUGAAAAGGUCCGUUCCAUGAUCGACUUGAUGGAAGGUCUUGACAGAUUCGGAGUUCCGAGUAAUCUCGUGCGAGUCUUGAAAGUCUAUCAUGCGUACGUGAACAAAGAAGUUGCAGACGAUCGAAACCACGAGCAGAGGUGCCAACGUGCCACUGCCAAAUUUCUCUCCGAAUUCCACGCCAUGAACGAAAAUCGCGUAGCAGAACAAAAAACCUACGCGGAACUUGAGCCCUUGCUCGCUGGUUUUACAACUCUUCAACGAAGCUUGCACGCUCAAUCGGAUUUUAGCGAUGAAGAUACGAACGAAAUAAUCAGUCGAUACGCUGCGCUCGAUUUUGCUGGAAAAUCUAUACGCUUACGAAAAUUCGAUCCAGCCAAGUUCCGUAAAUCGAGAAAGUCAGGCUGCCUGGAAAAAGAUGCUAAACUUUCGAGAAGCUGGUCCGCUCAUGGCGUGUGGAAUCGAUUCGGUCCAGACUGCUUUCCCAACACGAUGGGGCUCACGUGCAUUCGAUAUUCCAACAAAACUGAACUGUCAUCAUUCUUCAAACUGAAUCAGCGCUUGCAAUUGUGCUCCUAUCAAAAAAGUUUACUCGAUUUAUUGGUAGAAAAAAUAUUGCCGAGUCUAGACAAACAUUUGGACGGUUCGAGCUCGCAGUAUUGCGAAGUUUACAAAAUCAUUUUCACCAUCGCCCAAGUUAUCAAUCCCCGAAUUCCCACGCUCGUGCGAACGGACGCUUGAAACGUGCGAACGAGAAAGUCGAGUAGUCUGCGUUAUGCACCAAGCUGCAUUCCGAGACUCAGCUUUCGGCCUAUUUUUUUAUAGGCUCUUUUAGAAAGGCCUCGAGUUUUCGUAAACAUCCGAGUUGCUUUUUGGCGAUAAAAAAAUCAUUGAAAAUUAAAAAUUCGAUAUUUCAAAAUGAACUGUUUUGGGACGCUUCUGUCGAAAUAAGUUUCGAUUGAAAUUUAUUCGUCGUAACGUUCCCUAUGAAAAAGGUUUCAUACAAAAAUGAGCUAACACUGUUAUUGAGCGGUUAAUUGCAAAUGAAAAAAAAUCUCCAUUUCGUUUUUGUAAACCUUAAUUGAUUCUGGAUCGAAACAGUUUGAAGUUCAUGCAUUUUGUAGGGGAACCGAACUCUAAGAAUGACGCUGAAGUUUCCAACGUUGGAGUCCAACGAAAUGAUUUAACAAAAACUCUCAAAUAAUUCCAGUAAUCUCCAAUUUUGUUCCCUGCCGAAUUUCCAAUUCGUCAUUUUUCAAGCCACAUCAAUUAUUCGUGAAAUAAAAAAAUAAUGAAUUAUAAAUAUUUUUUUCGUUCAUUUCGUUGAACUCCAACGUUGCAAACUUCAGCGUCGUACUCCAAGAGAUUCAAGCAAGAUUAAUCGAUCUGGGAAAUACAGUUUAGCCAAAAUUUGCAUUAAUCGAGAGAAUUUUCGCAUUCAAUAGAAU